AUGCAGUCGGAUCAAGGUCAAAUACCGACUGGUAUCGGUUCGUAUGAUGGUGGGUUUGAAAGAGUCUCAAACGUGGCUCUCACGCCUGAGAGAGCAGCUCAGCACAAACAACUGGACGAUGAUUUCGAGCGAGCUGGUCCAUCGAAACAUUGGACCUUGACGAAUUUCGAUAUCGGACGUCCGCUGGGGAAGGGUCACUUUGGGAAAGUCUACUUAGCUCGAGUGAAAUCCAAGACGGACCCUUUUAUACUCGUAUUGAAGUGCUUGACAAAGGACCAAGUGAUAAGUGAUGGAGUUCAAAUCCAAGUGAGAAGGGAGAUAGAGGUUAUGCAACAGCUUAGACACCCUAACAUAAUCAGACUAUACGGCUGGUUUCAUGACUCGACACGUAUAUUCCUGAUGAUGGAGUUUGCAGGACAAGGUGAAUUGUUCAAACAUCUAGCAAAGAAGGGACGUUUCUCUGAGAGGAGGAGUAGUCGAUAUAUCCGUCAAGUAGCAUCGGGUUUAGCAUAUUUACAUUCCAACCAAAUCAUACAUAGAGAUAUCAAACCGGAAAAUUUGCUUCUUGGAAUGAACGGGGAAAUCAAAAUAGGAGAUUUCGGUUGGUCGGUUCAUUCGCCUACUGAGAAUAGUCAACGUACAUUAGCUGGUACAUUGUCAUAUGUCGCUCCAGAAAUGAUACUUGGUCAACCGUAUGGGAAUGCCAUUGAUAUUUGGGCUUUGGGAGUAUUGACUUAUGAAAUGACAUGUGGCGAAGAACCGUUUGGUGCUGACACUUCUGGUGGACCAAGACUGGUCCAUCAACGUAUCUGUCGAUGUGAUCUGGUACUCCCACUCCAUCUAUCCGAAGAGGCCGGGAGCUUUAUUCAAUCUCUGCUUCGUCCUCGACCUGAUGAGAGGUUGCCGCUUGAUCAAGUGGAUUCCCAAGUAUGGAUAUUGAACCACUUGUGA